AAGCUCCGCGUUAUAAAGCCUUAGGGACGCUUCUGCUUCACUUUGCUGCACUUUUUCGCCUCUUUUUGCAAAAACAACUCUUCAAAAACGCUCGAAGGACUCUAACAACCUUCUCCACACCUUCUGAACAUCACUGAGACUCCAAACGAUGCAUAUUUUUGACGACACUUUCCUGGAGGAGUUUGAAGCCGGAACUUUCUAGAACAUGGAUUAUUUGUGCAGUUCUGGAGCCGUUUGUGAAAGCGCGGAACAGAAAUGUGUUUGGAGAUGGUGAUCGUGGGGAAGAAAACGCUCGACAAAAACGCCAACGAAGAUGUAACGUUCAAAAGCUCCAGUGUGGGACCGAUCCCGGCCCGGACCAUGAGCCAAGGCACGGCCCUGUUCUCCUGUGGACUCAUGGAGUGUCGUUGGCCGGACGCCGCUCUGCCCUGCUCCUCGGUCCAGCCUAAACCGGACUUUGGCUCCAGCCUGGACCGUCUGUGGAGCCGCCCCCUGGAGGCCGGCCCGGGUCACUGCACCUCACUGUCCUCCCUGCUGCAGGACCUGAGCCUCUCCACGGCGCCCCCCUGGCCUCUGGUCUGGGACAGAACACUGCUCCACGGCGCCCCCUGGCCUCUGGUCCGGGACAGAACACUGCUCCACGGCGCCCCCUGGCCUCUGGUCCGGGACAGAACACUGCUCCACGGCGCCCCCCAGCAAACGCCAGUGCCGCUCUCUCUCCUGCUUCGACGAUCUGGGCCGGACAAACUGGCGUCCACAGGGCUCUCGUCUCUGGACCUCGGUGGAGAAGAAGAGAAGGUGUCACAGCGGAGGAAGCGUCCAAAGAACUUCCACUUCCUCCGGUUUAAUCUUCCCGUCCAUCCAUCGCAGCUCCAGCGUCGGCCUCGCCUUCCCGGGGACCCUGGGCGCUCCCCUGCCCCAGGACGAGCGUUCGCCCUCGCCCUCGCCCUCGGCCUCGCCCUCGCCCCCCGGCUCCCCGCUCUCCAGCCCGGGGACGGAGAGACGCGCCGGGGACGGAUCAGACCCGGCGCUGCCCUGGAGCCCGUCCCACCCCUGCGAGCUGAACGUGACGAAGGUCGGGGUGAAGAGGAGGAGGCAGGACGAAGCGCAGAGGCCCUCGCUCGACCUCGCAAAGAUGACGCAGAAGCUUCGUAGUUUCCACAGUCUGAGUGGCCCUGGGUUUUCCUCCCGCCUCAGAAACGCCUCGCGCCUCGACAACAGCACAGACUUUACCGAACCUCACGCCGACAAACCCCAACUCACGACCAAAGAAUCGCCGUUUCGUCCG